CAUGUUCAUCACGCAGAUUGAUCGCUGGUAUUGAGAUAACAGCAACUAAACAAUCAAUACUCACCUGUUCUAUCAAUCGCUCGUACUCACCGGCAAUGACAGAGUCCACUUCACCUACACCAUGGCCGGUCACCGCCAAGUCAGUUGCUCAAGUCACGGAGCCCACUUCACUAUCGACAUCAACUGCAUUGACAAACCUUCCUUACGAAAUACUCGAAAUGAUAUUGCUGUUUCUUCCCAUGAGAGACCUGCUCUUAUCUCAACGCAUCUGCCGUUACUUCAAGGAGACGAUAGUUUCAUCCAAAACCAUUCAGCGCGCUCUGUUCUUUGAGCCUUCACAUUAUCCAGAGAAUCCCGCCAAAUGGGACAUUUUAAGAUGGAACCCUCUAUUCGAAGAAAAGCUAGCACCUUCUUUCAACAUACGAAUCAUCGGCGUUAGUUGCACACAAGAAGGUUUCGUCAAGAUGGUAGCUCACGCUCGGUUACCAAAAGACGCGUCGGCUUGUCCAAAGUGGUCCGACUGUGCUUCAUGGAAAUCAAUGAUGAUCACUCAACCUCCUGCAACUCUACUCUUGCAUCCGGCUUCUAGCUUGUUCUGGAAAACGCCGAUAGAAUCUCAAGCCCAGUUCUUCCAUGACCCGGAUGGUUUUAGGAUCUCAGACAUUGUGACAUGCGAGGGUGAUCCUGCAAAGGGGCCACGAUCCUUGUACCGGAGGGAAAGUGUGACUUUGGAACAGCAUCGGAAGCUUUUUGCUAGAUCGACGUGA